AAGAAGAAAAAGCGAAUUUAAAACAAAAAAGAAAAAAAACACGAUUGCAGAAGUAGAGGCAGUGGAUCCGAAACCGAAAGAGCUCCACAUCUGAGAUCACUUUACACCGCCAAUUACCCAAACUCUUUUGUCAUCCAUUUUCCCCUUUUCUCAUUAUCGGACUUCGUCGUCUUCGUUCACCCUCCUCUUCUAGCCCUCUGCUCCCUCUCUCUGUCUCCUCCGAUUAGAGUUUCUUCGCUUCCUAACUCAGAUUUUCAUAUUGCGGUUGAGAAUUCGAGUGUCGGAAAAUGACGAUGAACGAGCGUAAGACAAUUGAUUUAGAACAAGGAUGGGAGUUUAUGCAGAAGGGGAUCACAAAGCUGAAGAACAUUCUAGAAGGAUUGCCUGAGCCGCAGUUCAGCUCAGAGGACUACAUGAUGCUCUACACAACCAUAUACAAUAUGUGCACUCAAAAGCCACCACAUGACUAUUCACAACAGCUCUAUGACAAGUAUAAGGAGUCUUUUGAAGAGUACAUUACUUCGACAGUGUUGCCAUCUUUGAGAGAGAAGCAUGAUGAGUUCAUGUUGAGAGAGCUUGUGAAGAGGUGGACAAACCAUAAAAUCAUGGUUAGGUGGCUCUCUCGUUUCUUUCAUUAUCUUGAUCGCUACUUUAUAGCUCGAAGGUCGCUUCCUCCCCUAAAUGAAGUUGGACUUACUUGCUUCCGAGAUCUGGUCUACCAAGAAUUAAAUGCGAAAGUAAGAGAUGCUGUAAUAUCUCUGAUUGAUCAAGAACGUGAAGGAGAGCAGAUUGAUCGAGCUCUAUUGAAGAAUGUUCUGGAUAUAUUUGUUGAGAUUGGCAUGGGACAUAUGGAUCACUAUGAAAAUGACUUUGAAGCAGACAUGCUUAAAGACACUGCAGCUUAUUAUUCGCGGAAAGCUUCCAACUGGAUCCUAGAAGAUUCUUGUCCAGAUUAUAUGCUGAAAGCAGAAGAAUGUUUAAGGCGGGAGAAAGAUAGAGUUGCUCAUUACUUGCAUUCUAGUAGUGAGCCAAAGCUGCUUGAGAAAGUUCAACAUGAGCUGUUGUCUGUGUAUGCAACCCAACUACUUGAGAAAGAGCACUCUGGAUGCCAUGCAUUGCUGCGAGAUGACAAGGUGGAUGAUUUGUCUAGAAUGUUCAGGCUAUUUUCUAAGAUACCUCGAGGCUUGGAUCCAGUUUCAAGUAUAUUUAAGCAGCAUGUUACGGCUGAAGGAACAGCCUUAGUCAAACAGGCGGAAGAUGCAGCAAGCAACAAGAAGGCGGAGAAAAAGGACGUGGUUGGUUUGCAGGAACAGGUUUUCGUUAGAAAAGUGAUUGAGCUUCAUGACAAGUAUCUAGCAUAUGUCAAUGAUUGUUUCCAAAACCAUACUCUUUUCCACAAGGCCCUCAAGGAGGCUUUUGAGAUCUUUUGCAACAAGGGUGUUGCUGGAAGCUCAAGUGCGGAACUACUUGCCACUUUUUGUGAUAACAUUCUUAAGAAAGGCGGGAGUGAGAAAUUGAGUGAUGAAGCCAUUGAGGAGACACUUGAGAAGGUAGUGAAGCUGCUGGCGUAUAUUAGUGACAAAGACCUAUUCGCUGAAUUCUAUAGGAAAAAGCUUGCCCGACGUCUUCUUUUUGACAAGAGUGCUAAUGAUGACCAUGAGAGAUGUAUCUUGACAAAACUGAAGCAACAAUGUGGCGGUCAAUUUACCUCAAAGAUGGAGGGGAUGGUUACAGAUUUGACAUUGGCUAAGGAGAAUCAAGCCAGCUUUGAGGAUUAUCUGAGCAAAAAUCCACAGGCGAAUCCUGGUAUUGAUUUGACAGUUACUGUGUUGACCACUGGCUUCUGGCCAAGCUACAAGUCCUUUGACCUCAACCUUCCCGCAGAGAUGGUUAAGUGCGUUGAAAUUUUCAGGGAAUUCUAUCAAACAAAGACAAAGCACAGAAAGCUUACAUGGAUGUAUUCACUGGGUACUUGUAACAUCAGUGGAAAAUUUGAACCCAAAACCAUAGAGCUUAUUGUGACAACUUAUCAGGCAUCAGCCCUGCUGCUAUUCAAUACCUCAGAUAGACUGAGUUAUUCAGAGAUCAUGACUCAAUUAAAUUUGACUGAUGACGAUGUUGUUAGACUGCUCCAUUCCUUGUCAUGUGCCAAGUAUAAGAUCCUUAACAAGGAACCAAAUACAAAAACUCUCUCUCCUACUGAUUACUUUGAGUUCAACUCUAAGUUUACUGACAAAAUGAGGAGGAUCAAGAUUCCCCUCCCACCUGUGGACGAGAAGAAGAAAGUAAUUGAAGACGUUGACAAGGACAGACGGUAUGCCAUUGAUGCCUCAAUUGUGCGUAUCAUGAAGAGCCGUAAAGUUUUGGGUCAUCAGCAGUUGGUUAUGGAGUGUGUAGAGCAGCUUGGUCGCAUGUUCAAGCCCGACUUCAAAGCAAUAAAAAAGCGGAUUGAAGAUCUAAUCACAAGAGACUACUUAGAAAGGGACAAAGAUAACCCUAAUUUGUUUAGGUACUUGGCAUGAUGUGGUCUAGUUGAUUAUCCUUGAAAUGAAGCAGUACCUUUUUCUGCUAUAGUUUGCCCAAGAAGUGGGUCAGGCGGUGGAAGAAGUGGCACAAUCACAUGUAAAUGCCGGUGCACCAGUGACUAAUAGUGAUUGCUUAAAGCAGGAGCUGAGACUGCUUUGUACAUUUUGCCCUUGGAGCAAGGUAUGGCUGACUACUAUGGAUAGUGCACCCUUGCUGGAGAAAUUUGUAAUUGACUUCAUAAUACGGUCCGGUGUACCACAGGACUGUCUGGUAUCUUUGUUUAAUUACCCCAAUAUCCGUCGUCCCAUGACUACAUUUUCCGUUAAUUGUUUCUUCGCCCUCACUGGAAGGAAAAGUAUACUUUCGUUCCCAGUAUGUCCACUUGAGUUGUGCUAGCUGACGAUGGAAUAUAAAAUUGAUCAGGUGGAUGCUUUCUUCUUUGAUUGCGAAACGCAUGGCUUGUAAACUCUGAAUUUGUCUAUAAUCAUCAGAUGCUUAUGCACUUGUGCUUCACGAGUUGUUUGGUCUGACUCUUGUAUAUUAGUUCCGGUGAUGCUCUUUUUUCUUUUCUGAAGUUGAUGAAUUUGAAUAAGAUUUUCUCA